AUGCCACAGUAUCCCUCUCUCUCCCCCUCUGUCUCCCUCUCUCUCUCUCCUCACCUGGAAGUGGAAGAUGCCACAGUAUCCCUCUCUCUCCCUCUCUCUCCCCCUCUGUCUCCCUCUCUCUCUCUCUCACCUGGAAGUGGAAGAUGCCACAGUAUCCCUCUGUCUCCCCCUCUGUCUCCCCCUCUCUCUCUCACCUGGAAGUGGAAGAUGCCACAGUAUCCCUCUGUCUCCCCCUCUGUCUCCCCCUCUCUCUCUCACCUGGAAGUGGAAGAUGCCACAGUAUCCCUCUGUCUCCCCCUCUCUCUCUCUCUCACCUGGAAGUGGAAGAUGCCACAGUAUCCCUCUCUCUCCCCCUCUGUCUCCCCCCUCUCUCUCUCACCUGGAAGUGGAAGAUGCCACAGCAUCCCUCUCUCUCCCCCUCUGUCUCCCCCCUCUGUCUCCCCCUCUCUCUCUCACCUGGAAGUGGAAGAUGCCACAGCAUCCCUCUCUCUCCCCCUCUGUCUCCCCCCUCUGUCUCCCCCUCUCUCUCUCACCUGGAAGUGGAAGAUGCCACAGCAUCCCUCUCUCUCCCCCUCUCUCUCCCCCUCUGUCUCCCCCCUCUGUCUCCCCCUCUCUCUCUCUCACCUGGAAGUGGAAGAUGCCACAGUAUCCCUCUCUCCCCCCUCUGUCUCCCUCUCUCUCUCUCACCUGGAAGUGGAAGAUGCCACAGUAUCCCUCUCUCUCCCCCUCUCUCUCCCCCUCUCUCUCCCCCUCUCUCUCCCCCUCUCUCUCUCACCUGGAAGUGGAAGAUGCCACAGUAUCCCUCUCUCUCCCCCUCUGUCUCCCCCCUCUGUCUCCCCCUCUCUCGCUAUCACCUGGAAGUGGAAGAUGCCACAGUAUCCCUCUCUCUCCCCCUCUGUCUCCCCCUCUCUCUCUCACCUGGAAGUGGAAGAUGCCACACAGUAUCCCUCUGUCUCCCCCCUCUGUCUCCCCCUCUCUCUCUCACCUGGAAGUGGAAGAUGCCACAGUAUCCCUCUCUCUCCCCCUCUGUCUCCCCCCUCUGUCUCCCCCUCUCUCUCUCAUCUGGAAGUGGAAGAUGCCACAGUAUCCCUCUCUCUCCCCCUCUGUCUCCCCCCUCUGUCUCCCCCUCUCUCUCUCACCUGGAAGUGGAAGAUGCCACAGUAUCCCUCUCUCUCCCCCUCUGUCUCCCCCCUCUGUCUCCCCCUCUCUCUCUCACCUGGAAGUGGAAGAUGCCACAGUAUCCCUCUCUCUCCCCCUCUGUCUCCCCCUCUCUCUCUCACCUGGAAGUGGAAGAUGCCACAGUAUCCCUCUCUCUCCCCCUCUGUCUCCCCCCUCUGUCUCCCCCUCUCUCUCUCACCUGGAAGUGGAAGAUGCCACAGUAUCCCUCUCUCUCCCCCUCUGUCUCCCCCCUCUCUCUCUCACCUGGAAGUGGAAGAUGCCACAGUAUCCCUCUCUCUCCCCCUCUGUCUCCCCCCCUCUCUCUCACCUGGAAGUGGAAGAUGCCACAGUAUCCCUCUGUCUCCCCCUCUGUCUCCCCCUCUCUCUCUCACCUGGAAGUGGAAGAUGCCACAGUAUCCCUCUGUCUCCCCCUCUGUCUCCCCCUCUCUCUCUCUCUCACCUGGAAGUGGAAGAUGCCACAGUAUCCCUCUCUCUCCCUCUCUCUCCCCCUCUGUCUCCCUCUCUCUCUCUCUCUCACCUGGAAGUGGAAGAUGCCACAGUAUCCCUCUCUCUCCCUCUCUCUCCCCCUCUGUCUCCCCCUCUCUCUCUCUCACCUGGAAGUGGAAGAUGCCACAGUAUCCCUCUCUCUCCCUCUCUCUCCCCCUCUGUCUCCCUCUCUCUCUCUCUCACCUGGAAGUGGAAGAUGCCACAGUAUCCCUCUGUCUCCCCCUCUGUCUCCCCCUCUCUCUCUCACCUGGAAGUGGAAGAUGCCACAGUAUCCCUCUGUCUCCCCCUCUGUCUCCCCCUCUCUCUCUCUCUCACCUGGAAGUGGAAGAUGCCACAGUAUCCCUCUCUCUCCCCCUCUGUCUCCCCCCUCUGUCUCCCCCUCUCUCUCUCACCUGGAAGUGGAAGAUGCCACAGUAUCCCUCUGUCUCCCCCUCUGUCUCCCCCUCUCUCUCUCACCUGGAAGUGGAAGAUGCCACAGUAUCCCUCUCUCUCCCCCUCUGUCUCCCCCCUCUCUCUCUCACCUGGAAGUGGAAGAUGCCACAGCAUCCCUCUCUCUCCCCCUCUGUCUCCCCCCUCUGUCUCCCCCUCUCUCUCUCACCUGUAAGUGGAAGAUGCCACAGUAUCCCUCUCUCUCCCUCUCUGUCUCCCCCCUCUGUCUCCCCCUCUCUCUCUCACCUGGAAGUGGAAGAUGCCACAGCAUCCCUCUCUCUCCCCCUCUCUCUCCCCCUCUGUCUCCCCCCUCUGUCUCCCCCUCUCUCUCUCACCUGGAAGUGGAAGAUGCCACAGUAUCCCUCUCUCUCCCCCUCUCUCUCCCCCUCUCUCUCCCCCUCUCUCUCUCACCUGGAAGUGGAAGAUGCCACAGUAUCCCUCUCUCUCCCCCCUCUGUCUCCCCCCUCUGUCUCCCCCUCUCUCUCUCACCUGGAAGUGGAAGAUGCCACAGUAUCCCUCUCUCUCCCCCCUCUGUCUCCCCCUCUCUCGCUCUAUCACCUGGAAGUGGAAGAUGCCACAGUAUCCCUCUCUCUCCCCCUCUGUCUCCCCCCUCUGUCUCCCCCUCUCUCUCUCACCUGGAAGUGGAAGAUGCCACAGUAUCCCUCUCUCUCCCCCUCUGUCUCCCCCCUCUGUCUCCCCCUCUCUCUCUCACCUGGAAGUGGAAGAUGCCACAGUAUCCCUCUCUCUCCCCCUCUGUCUCCCCCCUCUGUCUCCCCCCUCUCUCUCAUCACUGGAAGUGGAAGAUGCCACAGUAUCCCUCUCUCUCCCCCUCUGUCUCCCCCCUCUGUCUCCCCCUCUCUCUCUCACCUGGAAGUGGAAGAUGCCACAGUAUCCCUCUCUCUCCCCCUCUGUCUCCCCCCUCUGUCUCCCCCUCUCUCUCUCACCUGGAAGUGGAAGAUGCCACAGUAUCCCUCUCUCUCCCCCUCUGUCUCCCCCCUCUGUCUCCCCCUCUCUCUCUCACCUGGAAGUGGAAGAUGCCACAGUAUCCCUCUCUCUCCCCCUCUGUCUCCCCCCUCUGUCUCCCCCUCUCUCCUCACCUGGAAGUGGAAGAUGCCACAGUAUCCCUGUCUCCCCCUCUGUCUCCCCCCCUGUGUCCCCCUCUGUCUCCCCCCUCUGUCUCCCCCUCUGUCUCCCCCCCUGUCUCCCACCCUGUCUCCCCCUCUGUCUCCCCCCUCUGUCUCCCCCUCUGUCUCCCCCCUCUGUCUCCCCCCCUGUCUCCCCCCUCUGUCUCCCCCUCUGUCUCCCCCCCUGUCUCCCCCUCUGUCUCCCCCUCUGUCCCAGUACCAUUGUCCAUCUGAGGUGAGGGACAGGAGGCCCCUGGACUCUGUGGAGGAGGUGAGGGACAGGAGGCCCCUGGACUCUGUGGAGGAGGUGAGGGACAGGAGGCCCCUGGACUCUGUGGAGGAGGUGAGGGACAGGAGGCCCCUGGACUCUGUGGAGGAGGUGAGGGACAGGAGGCCCCUGGACUCUGUGGAGGAGGUGAGGGACAGGAGGCCCCUGGACUCUGUGGAGGAGGUGAGGGACAGGAGGCCCCUGGACUCUGUGGAGGAGGUGAGGGACAGGAGGCCCCUGGACUCUGUGGAGGAGGUGAGGGACAGGAGGCCCCUGGACUCUGUGGAGGAGGUGAGGGACAGGAGGCCCCUGGACUCUGUGGAGGAGGUGAGGGACAGGAGGCCCCUGGACUUUGUGGAGGAGGUGAGGGACAGGAGGCCUCUGGACUCUGUGGAGGAGGUGAGGGACAGGAGGCCCCUGGACUCUGUGGAGGAGGUGAGGGACAGGAGGCCCCUGGACUCUGUGGAGGAGGUGAGGGACAGGAGGCCCCUGGACUCUGUGGAGGAGGUGAGGGACAGGAGGCCCCUGGACUCUGUGGAGGAGGUGAGGGACAGGAGGCCCCUGGACUCUGUGGAGGAGAAGAGCAUUUAUUUAUUAAUCGCAGACAAAGCACAGAAGGACGUCUUCAAGUGCGGCUUCAACAAUGCCCCAUGUGACAUCAUCAGGUAG